AUGAUAUCCACGAAGCGCCGGUCAGAGUUAUGCAUUUAUACAGUUGAACAGAACAUAUCAAUGAUUCUGUACACAAUGCUUGAAAUCCCACCAUCACUGAAGAGAGCAUGUGCUUCCUCACUCCAUUUCCAUCUCCAUCACUAUACUCAUACUAGGAUAUCACUGUUCCUCUCGUCGACCCUUGAACUCAGCAUGUCUCCGAAGACUGCCCUGGUCACUGGCGCCAAUGGUUUCCUUGGUUAUGCCGUAUGCAGAGCCUUCUCCCUGGCCGGCUGGACGACAUACGGCCUGAUGCGCAGCAACAAGAGCGCGCUCGACCUGCUGAAGGAGGAAAUCAUUCCAAUCAUUGGCACUGCGGCCGAUCCAAGCUUCAUUUCAGAACUCCCUCCAAUCGACGUCGUCAUUUGCUGCUCCGGGGACCCUUCGAAUUUCGGAGCCCAUUCCAAGGACAUCACUUCUAUGAUUCAGCAACUCAGCAAGAUCGCACAAGCUAAUGGCCAUGGCAAACCUUUGGCUAUUAUCAGCUCCGGCUGCAAGGACUAUGGGACGACUUUGAGACAUGGCGAGCCAGGUCUUGCGCCGCACACAGAGCAAAGCCCUCUCAAUUUCCCACCGAUACUGACGGAACGUGUACACGGUGCCUUGGACAUGAUGAAGCUCACCGACGAUUUCGACUGUGUCGUAACCCGGCCGACCACGCUCUAUGGUCGGUCGGGCAGCUACUACGGAUUCAUUUUCGCUCUCGCGGAGGCUGCAAGGAACCAAUCGAACGGUGUGAUGAGUAUUCCAUCAGAUGCCCAUGCCAUCCUUCACGGAACUCAUGUUGACGACGUCGCUAAUGCGUACCUUGCCAUUGCGGAGGCGCCUCGGGACAUUGUAGCCGGGCAGGUGUACAACAUUUCCAGCCAUCGGUACGAGACCCUGGGCGAGAUCGCCGAAGUUGUACAGAAGCACCAUGGCAUCGAAUUCAAGUAUGUCGAUCCGGCAGACGGCGACAACGAGGCGUACGCAAUCAAAUUGGUGUUCGACUUCCCCCAAUGGGUUGGUUCCGACAAGCUGCGCAAGGACACUGGCUGGAGGGACAGGAAGCCUUUGUUCACCGAAGGGUACCAGUUGUACAGGACUGCCUAUGAAGCGGCAGCUCAGGCGAAGACAGAGCAACAUGAGAGGAUCAUGCGCACGGCUCAGGGAUUUGGGUUAAAGCUGGAUUAG